GCGGCUCGGCCGGCAGGGAGGUUCGCUCGCUCGCGGCGCGGGGCGGACGCCCGGGAGGACUUGCAGGGUGGCUUGUGUUUUCACCAUGGAAGGCAGCAGAGAGGAAUGACGACGAGGUCUUGGCCACGCUGUUUUAGGAAGUAGUCAUGUUGGAGGGAUUGAUAGCCUGGGUUCUCAACAACUACCUAGGCAAAUAUGUCAGUAACCUGAACACAGACCAGCUCUCGGUAGCUCUUCUAAAAGGUGCUGUGGAGCUGGAAAAUUUGCCGUUGAAGAAAGACGCCUUGAAGGAACUCUUGCCUUUUGAGGUCAAAGCUGGUUUCAUUGACAAAAUAACUCUGCAGAUACCGUUUUAUCGUCCCCAUAUCGACCCAUGGGUGAUAUCGGUGUCCAAAUUGCACCUCGUUGGCUCUCCAGCGAAGCAGGAAGAUUUUGAUGAAGAAAGAGAGAAGCAGCUUGGACGGGAAAGCAAGAAAGCCAUUUUAUUAGCACUGGAAGAAAAAUGGAAAAAAGAACAGGAGCAGGUAGCAGAAUCUUACUGGUACUCGGUCACCGCCUCAGUCGUUGCCAGGAUCGUAGAGAACAUCGAGUUAAAUAUUCAAGAUGUCCACCUGAGAUUUGAGGAUGGCGUCACCAAUCCUUCCAAACCGUUUGCGUUUGGAGUCUGUAUAAAAAACGUCUCUGUUCAAAAUGCUGUCAAUGAGCCAGUGGAGGAACUCAUGAAGAAGAAACAGCUGGACAUUGCUGACUUCAGCAUCUAUUGGGAUACCGACUGCACUUUACUGGGAGACCUGCCCCCCGGGGAGCUUCAGAAAGCAAUGGAUGAGAGCAUGGAGAGCCGUGACCAUAACUACAUCAUGGAGCCCUUGCGUACGUCUGCUCUGCUCAAACGGAACUGCUCCAAAGAGCCCCUGAGAUCACGGAAUACUCCUCGGCUCGAAUUUGACAUCCAGCUGGAGAUGAUACCCCUGAAACUUUCUCAGACUCAGUACCGGCAAAUUAUGGACUUCUUGAAAGAACUGGAUCGGAAGGAACGUCAGCUCAAAUUCAGAAGAUGGAAGCCAAGGGUUCCAGUCACUGGAAACUGUCGCGCAUGGUGGCAUUUUGCUCUGAACGCCUACAUUGCAGAGAUCAGAGAGCAGAGGGAACGGUCCUGCUGGGAAUUUGCACUGCGCCGAGCCCGAGAUGCUGUCGUGUACACGGAACUCUACUCCAGGAAGUUGAAAGAGGAGGAACUCUGUGAUGAAGAGCAGGAAGAGAUAGAUCGCAUUGAGGAUGAGCAGACCAUUGAGGAGCUGAAAAUCUUACGCCAGAUAGUAUACCAUCGUUUCAGUGAACUGGCUGAGAGCAUCAAGGAGCCUUUGCCGGAUUCCUUGGAGGCUACCCCUGAAACCGAACCAACGGCCGCCACCAGCAGCCGGAGCGGGAUGCUCCAAUAUCUCCAGUCGUGGUUUCCUGGGUGGGGCGGCUGGUACGGCGAUUCGCAGGAAACGGCGGAGACGUUCGAAGGAUUGCUUUCGGAAACAUCAGAACAGUGGAGGCCAGAAGAUGCUCCUGGAGCAGAUGAAUUUUUUGACCCAACAGCUGAUGUCUCCAGCAUAAACACGUUCACAAAGCGGGAUCACGUCCUGGCCAAGUUAAAUCUUCAGCUACAAGGCGGGUCGGUCACGUUGCUGCACACAGAGAACAGGGCUGGGCAGGCCAGGGAAAGAGCUUUCAUGCAGCUGGAGUUUUCAGCCGUGACCAUCUUAGCUGAAACCCUCCCUCGCAGAAAUUCUUCCCUUUUCAAGGUUCAGCUUGGUAGCCUCUUCCUUCGGGAUUUAGCCACGGAAGGAACCAUAUUCCCUGUCCUCGUCUUCCCCAACCCGCAAAAAGAAGUGGGCUGUGCCUCUUCCAUUGGUCUCCAGGCUUCUACAUCAGACGCAAGCGAUCAGAGCACUGCUAUGGAUCCUGCUGUUCCAGUCUUUGAGAUGGUGUAUGAGAAAAACCCGGUUCGGAGCAAUUUUGAGAGGCGCCUGGAAGUUAGCACGCAACCUCUGAACAUUAUUUACAACCCACAAGCCAUUAAGAAAGUCGCCGACUUCUUCUACAAGGGAAGGGUUCACACCUCAG